UAGUUUUCCCAUCGAUCCUUUCCCUCUUUGUUUCCCUGCUUUUCCUGUUCGUCUCUCUCCAACAAAAGCAGCGCUCCUCUUCUUCUUCAAUCCCAUGUUUUUUACUUUACCACAGUCUUGUUCCUCUCUUUCUUUCAUCCAACCAAAUCUUUCAAGAUGUCUACUCCUCCUACGUCAUAGGAAGACUCCACUAACACUGCCAAUUCGGGAAACCCUGUUCUCUCCAAUCCUUUGUCUCAGGCCACUCCUCUAGGGUCCACGGCUAGAACCGCAAUCGAAGAUCCAAGUGACCCCUACUAUCUUCAUCACAAUGACAACCCAUGCAAUGUCUUGGUCUCUCAACUCCUCAUUGGCCAAGACAAUUACACUUCUUGGAGUAGAGCUAUGCAACUUGCUAUCUCUGUGAAAAAUAAAUUGGGGUUUCUUGAUGGGUAGCAUUCUUUAUGAUGAAUCUACUGCUGAGAUUUGGAAUGAUCUCAAGAUCUAAUUUCAACAAAGAAAUGGACCUCAUAUCUUCAAUCUUAGGCGCGAACUCAUGAAUCUUCGACAAGAUAUCAACUCUGAUUCUUAUUCUCAAGUCAGGGGUAAUAUUCUUCUUAUGGACCUUCUACCUUCUCUCAGUCGUGUUUUCAAUCUUGUUACACAAGAAGAAAACCAACGCAGCAUUAGCAGUCAUUCUGCCAUGUCUCAAGAUCCCCUCAACAACCCCUCGAUGGCGUUUGCUGUUUCAAGCCAACCUCUUUCAUCUAAUAAACCAGCUUCCACACCACACAAACCAUACCCUCCUAAGAAAAACAGACCCUUUUGCACCCAUUGCAAUAUUCUUGGUCAUACUAUUGAGAGAUGCUACAAACUACAUGGAUACCCCCUGGCUACAACAAAUCAAAAUCCCAUGCUCCAAUUGUUGCUCAUCAAGUUCAAACUGCUGAAAAUCCAGUCUCAACAACAUCUGAUGCCACAACAAUUUUACCCCAGCUGAGUGCAGUUCAAUAUCAGCAGCUCCUCACCCUACUUGCAAGUCAACAAUCUAGUAUGGCAUCUUUAAAACCUUCUACCUCUGCUGACAACUCAGGUAUAAUACUAUCCACAACUCAAUCUUCAUUGAUGCACAAAAAUACCUAUUGGAUUGUUGACUCUAGUGCAACAAUACAUAUUUGUUCUAAUAUGUCAUAUUUCAUUUCCCUGUUUGUUAUUCCCUCAACAAAACUGGUUUUACCAGAUAAUUCUCAUAUAAUUGUUUCCCAAUGUGGCACUGUCAUUUUACCUAAUAAUCUUAUUCUUUUAAAUGUAUUAUAUGUUCCUAGUUUUACAUAUAAUAUCAUAUCUGUUAGUGCAUUAACAUCAUCUCAAACUGUUGUUCUCUCCUUCUGCUAUGAUUCUUUUUCCAUUCAAAACACAAUCACCAAGAAGAUGAUUGGCAAGGGUAGAUCCUCCAACGGUUUGUAUAUCUUGGAUAUCCCUCACUCCAUUUCUCAAGUCCACUCGGUCACAGCAGAGAUAUGGCAUUCCAGAUUAGGACACUUAUCCUCUAAAUGCUUGGAUUUACUAAGCACUACUUUGAAUUGUAACAUAUCUCUAUUACAUAAACAUACUCCUAUGUUUGUCCCAAAGCUAAACAAAGAAAGCUCUCUUUUCCUCAUAAUAAUCAGUUUGCUCCUAAUCUUUUUGACGUUUUUCAUUGUAAUGUAUGGGGACCACAUCACACACCAUCUCACUCCAAUCAUCAUUAUUUUCUCUCUCUUGUUGAUGACAAAUCUAGAUUUACUUGGAUUUAUCUAAUGCACCAUAAAUCUGAUGCUAUCACUAUCAUUCCUAAAUUUCUAACUAUGAUUGAAACACAAUUUCACACUAAGGUUAAAUGAUUUAGGUCUGAUAAUGCUCCUAAACUAUCAUUCACUAAACUAUUUGCCUCCAAGGGUAUACUUCAUCAAUUUUCUUGUGUUGAAAUACCUUAGCAAAAUGCCAUUGCUGAGAGAAAACAUCAGCAUCUUUUAAAUGUAGCUCGGGCUUUACAUUUCCAAGCACACACUCCUAUAAAAUUCUGGCCAGAUUGCAUACUCACUGCAACAUUCAUUAUUAAUAGAACCCCUACUCCUAAUUUAAAGAAUCACACCCCUUAUGAAAUACUUUACAAAAAAUUACGUGACUAUACAAUGUUUAGAUCUUUUGGUUGUCUUGUUUUUGCAUCUACCCUUUCUACUCAUCGAACAAAAUUCCAAUCUCAUGCAAAGACUUGUAUUUUUAUGGAUUACCCUCCUGGUUUCAAGGGUUACAAACUCUAUGAUAUUGAUUCAAAAUAUUUUUUUGUUUCACGGAAUGUGAUAUUUCAUGAAAAUAUUUUUCCAUUUCAUAAGCUUAAUGAUGUUUCUGUUAUUACUUUAGUCUCUCAUACUAAUGUCACAAAUUAUACAUCCUUUCUUCAACCAACUUCGGACAUUAGCACAAAUUUCCAGCAAAAUAAUUCUGCUUCACUACCCGAUCAGCUGCUACCUUCAGCUGACACUUUAAAUCAGCCAAGUGCCUCUACAAUACCAGAUUUGGUUCCAUCUCCACCUCUUCGACGAUCCAGAAGACAUCAUCAUCCUCUUGCAUAUCUUAAGGAUUUUGAGUGUCACAGUUCCCUCCAGCUUUAUCCCCCCACUCCUUACCCCAUCAGUACCUAUAUUAAUUAUUCAAAAUUAUCUAAUACUCACAAAGCUUUUACUCUUGCAGUGUCCACUUAAAGUGAACCAACAACAUACACAGAAGUUGUUUUGGAUAGCAAUGCAAACUGAGCUUACAGCAUUGCAAAACAAUCAAACAGUGACACUCGCACCUUCACCAUCAAAUAAAAAAGCUAUAGGGUGUCGGUGGAUCUAUAAAAUAAAAUAUCACAGCAAUGGAACCAUUGAGCGUUAUAAAAGCUCGAUUGGUUGCCAAGGGUUACUGUUGAGUCUAGUUUUUGUCAUGUUUAGGUGAUAUUUUAAGUAGCCUUUUAUCUCAUUUUUCUUUCAUUUAGUGCGAUUUUAUGCUUUGUUUGUUUGUCUUUGUGAAUAUCAGGAAGAAUUGAGUACUUGGAGGAAAAUGUCAAAGAAAGGGAAAAAAUAACCAAGUUUUUCAACAUAUUUCGAGAAAGGAUGAAUCUCAACAUGAUUUGGAAGUGUUGGUGAAUUUUUGGGAUGAAAUCUUGAAAAAUUGAGAAAUCUCUUAAGAGCCACGGCAUGAGCAAAGUAGAGCCGCGACUAGCUGGUGAAACAGAGCCAUUGUUUUGAAGGAGAACCACGGGUCGCGGCAUGGCUAAAGAGGGCCGCGUCAUAGAUGGGCAUCAACCCAGAAAUCUUAGACACGGGUCGCGGCAUGGUGCAUGUAGAGCCGCGGCCCGCCUCUUUUAAAAAACUGAACCUUAGGUUUUUAUAAGGCGAAAAAGAGAGAAGAAAGGAGGUACGGAUCUGGGGUGGAAAUUGCUUGAAGGCUGAAAGCUUGGAGUAUUCAAUCUACAUGUUUUUCUUCUACUUUCUGAUGUUAUCUUUAAUUAGUAUUAUGAUUAUGAACUAAUUUUCUGUUUAGGAUUUUUAAUUGAAUAACUUGAAUCCCUAUUAUGAACUAAUGCAAUUUCAAUUUUCUUUUU